AAACAUUGAUGACAUGUGUUCACACGUUUCGGCUUUCAAUUGACACAAACAUUACUUUUCAUUAAAUAAUUAUUUCAUUUAAUUUACAAUUAAUUAUUAAAUUAAUCUGUGAUUACACUUAUGGUGUUAUUGAAGACAUUAAUAGCUGAUAAUACAUAUAAUUUUUAAUUAUUAAUAAAUAAUUAGUGAACAAAUAGUAGUGAUAAUAGUGAAGAGAUGCCACUCAGCUGUCGGUUUUAUCCGCAAAAGUUUCCAGAAGUGGAUGACGUGGUUAUGGUUAACGUCCGCUCCAUCGCUGAGAUGGGAGCUUAUGUCCACCUCUUGGAGUAUAACAACAUUGAAGGUAUGAUAUUGUUAUCCGAGUUGUCUCGGCGUCGGAUUCGGUCAAUCAAUAAACUGAUUCGUGUCGGACGUAAUGAAUGUGUUGUUGUCAUCCGUGUCGACAAAGACAAGGGUUAUAUUGAUUUGUCUAAACGUCGCGUUUCUCCCGAAGAUAUUGUCAGAUGUGAAGAAAAGUUUGCAAAAGCGAAAGCUGUUAAUAGUAUUUUAAGACAUGUGGCAGAAAUUCUUGGGUAUGAAACUAAUGAAGAGUUGGAUGAGUUGUACCGCAAGACUGCCUGGUAUUUUGAGGAGAAGUCCAAAAAACAGUCUUCAAGUUAUGAUAUGUUUAAACAUAUUGUAAAUGACGUCAGUAUAUUAGAUGAGUUAGGACUCGACGAGAAAACAAAAGAAGUGUUGAUCACUCAUAUAAAGCGCCGUUUAAUGCCUCAAGCGGUCAAAGUUAGGGCCGAUAUAGAGGUGGGCUGUUGUGCCUAUGAAGGCAUUGAUGCCGUCAAGAAUGCAUUGAGAGCUGGUAUUGCCUGUUCAAUAGAUGACAUGCAAAUUAAGAUCAAUUUAAUUGCACCGCCAUUAUAUGUGGUAACCACUACUACUAUGGAUAGGGAACACGGUAUACAACUGCUGACUGAUGCGCUACAAAAAAUUGAAACAUCAAUUAAGAACUCGGGAGGAAUAUUUAUAGUACAAGUGGCGCCUAAAGUUGUUACCGAUAUGGAUGAGGCAGAGUUGGCUAAGAAAAUGGAACAAUUGGAUCGUGAAAAUCAAGAGGUAUCGGGUGAUGACGACGAUGAUGAUGAUGAAGAUGAUGUCGAUGGAGAUGAAACCGACCCUAAACCUGAUGGCACUGUUGUCGAACAGAAUGAUGACUAAUAUAUUUACAGUAUAGUCCCGCAUAUAGCCCCCCCGGCCAUCAGGGGCUAUUUGAGAUAUAAUUCCAUACCAAAUGUUUGAUUUAAUAAAUUCGCAAAUAUACCCACUAAUGAAAUUAUUUAAGUUUUUUGAAUGUCUGUAAUUCCCCCCUUAAAAAAUGCAAUCUAUUGACCGGUCUAUUUAAUGCCAAAUAAUGGCCUACAAAUUGGUAAUUUAAAAUUUAAUGACUAACCGGAAGCUGAUUAUUGUGUUAAUUAUUAUUUCUAUCAUUACUGUAUAAUCAUAUAUUUAAUUUAAACUAUCUUAACAAUAAUUACUAUUAACUGGCGUUUAGAUGGUUUCUGAUUACAAAUCAUAUUACCCCGUCUACCAAUCGUUUCUUACUUCCACGACUUCACAUAUAGUCCCAGUAGGGGGUAUAUGUGAGAUACACCCCCAUAACAAAUGUUGAUUUUUAAAUUUGAAAAAUUUACCAGGGGGAAUAUGCGGGACUAUAAGGUAAUAACAUGAACGAAACAAUUAUCGUAAUUAU